AUGGUUACGCGGUUGAGAGAGGAGAUCCGUCUUCCAGGAGAGGGAUGGUCAGAAUGGGAGAAGGCUAUGGUCCCCCAAGAUGACCAGAGCAGCAAUCUUGAAAAACGUGGAGAGAAUCAUGUUGGUUCCUUUUGCUCGAGCAUACGAUCCGCAUUCCCUGGAAAGGCACAGUGUUGUGGAAUUUAUGAGUGGCGAGCCAAAGGUACCAAGUACGGACAACCCAAUCACGUUGUUUAUGUAGGAUGUACUUGCAGAGGUAACGAGAGAUCCUUAGGAGAGGAAGUUCUUGAAUACUGCAAAAACGGAUUGCACAAAGGCAGUCUCAUUAAUAGUGCGUUGGCCAGAGGCUAUGAGUUAUGGGUUCGCGUCAAGACCGCAGAAUGUAACGAGCCUAGGAAAUAUGCAGAAGAGAUGCAAAACGAACUUCUGGCUCUGUAUAAUUAUGCUUGGAACUCUAGAAACAACGCCAUACGUGAUUUACUGCGGCCGUAA